AUGUCAUCGAUUUCGCAAUCGAGUAAUCAUAUCAAAAACACAGUCGUAAUGAAAUUGGAAUCAUUACCUGUUGAAUUAUUACUAGGUUUCUUCGACUAUUUCUCUACAAAUGAUCUUUUCCAAAAAUUUCUUCAUCUCAACGCUUAUUUUGAUUCGCUCGUAUUCGAUUAUGUUAGACUGAAAGGCUUAAACUUUCGAUCAAUAUCUCAAAUUGACUUUGAUACAAUAUGUCUCAAAUAUCUGCCGAACAUGGCCAAUCAAAUAGCAUCUCUUGCUCUGUCAAACAGUCAAAGUACUCCAACACAGAUAACUCGAUUCUUUAAAUAUGGUUUUAAUCUCAGCCAAUUUACUUGUCUUACAUCUCUUUCACUCUGCGCUAUUUCCUCGGGACCAGCAGUAGAUCAAAUCCUAUCGGAAUUGUCUCAUCUGGAUCAUUUUACUCGUUUAGUUUUUAAACAAUGUUCGUUUCCGAUGAGAGGUGCACCAGGAAGAAUCAAUGCAAUUUGGAGUCUUCCCAAGUUAAGUCAUUGUUGUCUGGAAAUAUAUGCUGAUUUGUUCCGUGCGCCAACGGUGAUUUCAUCCAGCAUUCGCUCGUUUUCUUUGUAUGUGAGUCUAGCCGACAAGGAAGAACUCGCGAGAUUGUUUGCACAUACGCCUUAUCUACGAUAUUUCUCAACGAAUCUUCUGUUCGGAUGGUAUUCUUUCGUUACUUUGCCACCAAAUAUACUCAUCAAAACAUUGUCUUUGUCGCUUUUUAAUGUACAAGCCACUGUACUCGUGUCUUGCUUGCAACAAUUUGUUAAUUUGCGUCGGCUAAAGCUUGGGAUGAUUUAUUGUUUUAUUUAUGGUGACCAAUGGGAGCAAAUGAUUAAAACUCAUCUUCCAAAUCUAACAGUAUUUCAAUUUCGAAUGAAAUCUGCAUUUGACAAGGAAAACAAUUGCGAAGAACGUAUCGAUGAGAUUUUCCAAACAUUUCGAAGUCCAUUUUGGCUUGACGAACGUCAUUGGUAUGUACGCUGUGAUUGGAGCCCAGAUUAUGGGAAAAUGUCUCUAUAUACUGUACCGUACGCUUUCGAGGAUUUUACUUUCGAAUACUCCGUUAUCUCGAAAUCAACAUAUCCGUGUAAAUCUAGUCAACGUUUAUAUGAUUCGGUACAUCAACUUACCUACAAAGCUCGAUUAUUGCCAUGGUCCACUCGAUCACGAAUACAAUUUUUCAAUAUUCGCACACUAAUUGUCGAAUUUCCGAUCAGUGACUUCUUCUAUUCAAUGGUGCCGAAUUUCGAACAAUUGACAGCACUCGAAGUUUCAUCGAAUGAUCGAAGUACACAUCCGACCCUACAAUUACAAAUCUUACUCGAUCGAUCACCAAAUUUGCAAUCUUUACACUUUCGUAUAUGGCCGUCAUCAAAUGUGAUGCAAAACCCACCGUUUGAUAGCAGAAGUACUUCUAUCCGUCAGUUAGAUUUGAGAUAUAUGAAUCGGUGUUAUGAUAAUGAACAAUGUAUCGCGUUGGCUCAGUCGCCACUCGGUAGACAGUGUGAAAUACUGACUCUGACUGUAAAAAAUAAAAGUUGUAUAUUUGAUCUAGUGAAUAACAUGCAUAACUUGCGAACUCUAGCUGUUACUUAUGAUGAAAGUAACAUCACACACCAUGUAUGGUCAUCAACAAAAGAUCAACUUAUCGAAGAACUUGGUCUGGGUGCUCGAUUCAAUGAAUCAUUUCAAAGAGGUGAUGAAUGA